AGGAAACGAAGGCGUUAGGUGAGAAAGCGGCGUUGUUGUUAGAAACAGGAGAAAUCCACCGUUCGCUGUGUUUAAGUCUGCGUUACUUCCUCGACGCCCAACAAAGCAGCCAUGACGUCUAAAGGUGCCAAAGAGACACUCGUCACCAGGUUGGGUUUCAAAUCCAGCAGCUCGGCCUCCAAGGCUGAGGCGGAGCUGGAGAAAGUCAGAAAGGACAACGUGCAACUCAGGAGAAAGAUUGAUGAACUGGCCAAAAGACACAUGAAACCACCCGACUCAGACAAAACCAAGCUGCUGGAGAGGAUCCUUUCCCUUGAGACGCUGCGAGAGAGGAACAAUCAGCAGUUACUCGUUAGAGAGCAGGAACUAGAAACAAUGAGACAGCAGCUGUCAGCCAGAGGAGGAGAGGUGGUGGCAUCACUGCAGGCCCAGCUGGAGCAGCGGAGGAAGGAGGCAGAGCAGAGAGACGUGUUGUUCCAGAAUUUGUCGCAGGAGACUGGGAACCUGAAGAAUCAGCUGGCCACUGUUUCUGCCCGGUGUCAGUCCCUGGAAACACAGGCGGUGAAUGGACAGGUACCUCCUGCAGACUUGAUAUCGGUACAAGAUCAACUGAGGGAUGCUCUGGAGAAGAACCAGCAGUGGCUGAUGUACGACCAGCAGAGAGAGGCCUACGUCCAGUCCGUCCUGGGCCGCACACAAGAGCUGGAGCAGCAGCUGGCCCAGCAAGAGGCCCCUUCAGCUGGUGAGGAAUCUCCUGCUGACUCAGCAAGUCCAGAAAAAGAGGAUCAGCUGAAAAGCCACUAUGACCAGUUGCUUUUGGGGAUACAGAAAGACUUGGAGAGGAAAAAAGAACAGGUUACCAGAAGCCAAGAGGAGCUCAAUGUGCAGAGGAAACAGACCCUGACAGCUCAAGCUGAGCUGCAGUCUCAGAAGGAGCAGGUUGCCGGGCUCCAGGAGGAGAUGUCAGCGCUGCAGAGGAGGUAUGAGGACAAGUGCAGCGAUCUGUCCUCCUUUCUGAGGAAGUAUGAAGAGAAGAGCAACGAGUCGGAGGACGUAAAGAUGCAGCUGCAGCAAGAGCGACUCGGCAGCAGACAUGCAGUGUGUGAGGAGAGGAAGGUGUCGUCCGAGCGGUCCGACAGGAUGAGACUGGACCUGGAGAAUAUGGACAUCCGGUUGGAGGAGGAGAGGAAGAGAUCUGCUGAACUCCUCCUGCAGGUGAAUAUGUUGCAGAAGUCUCUUCUGAGCCAAAAUGAAGAGCAGAGGAGAAUCGCAGCACUGGAGAAGCAGAAUCCAAAAUUCUGCGACUUUGUUGACAAACAGACUGGAUACAAGACUAAAUGCAUGCUCACUUUCCCUCUGAUGGCUGACAAAGAGUGCCUUGGAGUCAUCAUGGCACUCAACAAAAUAGGAGCGGACUCGUUCUCUGCAGAGGAUGAGAAGCUCUUCCACAAGUACAUGAACUUUGCCCAAGUCAUCAGCCUGCAGCAUUUCACAUCCUACAUGUUCAACGUGGAGUCCAGAAGGAGUCAGGUGCUUCUCUGGUCGGCCAGUAAAGUGUUUGAGGAGUUGACCGACAUUGAGAGACAGUUCCACAAAGCGCUGUACACUGUAAGGACCUAUCUACAAUGCGAACGAUACUCAGUGGGCCUGUUGGACAUGACCAAAGAGAAGGAAUUCUAUGAUGAAUGGCCGUUGAAACUGGGAGAUGUGGAACCGUAUAAAGGACCAAAGACGCCAGAUGGCAGGGAAGUCAUCUUUUACAAGAUCAUUGACUACCUCCUGGAAGCCAAAGAAGAAAUCAAAGUCAUACCUGGUCCGCCUGCAGAUCACUGGGCUCUAGUUAGCGGACUACCGACAUAUGUUGCAGAAAAUGGCUUCAUUUGCAACAUGAUGAACGUGGCUGCAGAUGAUUUCUUCACUUUCCAGAAAGAGGCUGUGGAUGAUACAGGUUUUGUCAUAAAGAACGUUUUGUCGCUGCCCAUCGUCAACAAGAAGGAAGAAAUCGUGGGCAUCGCCACUUUCUUCAACAGGAAAGACGGCAAGCCAUUUGAUGAACACGACGAACAGAUCACUGAGGCCCUGACUCAGUUCUUGGGUUGGUCAGUUCUGAAUUGUGACACAUACGACAAGCUGAACCGCAUGGAGUACAGGAAAGACAUCGCCGAGGAGAUGCUCUUGUGCCAGACCAUGUGCACCAAAACGGAGUUGCAGUCCAUUCUGAACACCAAUGAGAAGUUUGACUCAGAGCCUGAAGACUGUGAGCAGAAAGAUAUGUACAAACUGUUGAGAGCAACCUGCCCACCAGCUGACAACGUCAACGGAGAGAAUCUGUACCUGUUCUCCUUCAGUGACUUCCCCGUCUCAGAGUUCGACCUCAUCAAAGCCGGCAUUCGCAUGUUCUUCGAGCUCGGGGUUGUUGAAAAGUUUAAAGUUCCCGCGGAGACGCUGACCAAGUGGAUGUACACAGUGAGGAAGGGUUACCGUAGCAUCACCUACCACAACUGGAGGCACGGCUUCAACGUAGGCCACACCAUGUUCUGCCUGCUGCAGACGGGGAGGCUGAGGAAGUACUACUCUGAUCUAGAUGCCUUUGCCAUGGUGGCUGCUGCUUUUUGCCACGAUAUUGACCACAGAGGAACCAACAACCUCUACCAGACAAAGAGUGGAUCUCCUCUGGCUAAACUUCAUGGCUCCUCCAUUAUGGAGCGGCACCAUUUGGAGUACAGCAAGUCGCUCAUGGCUGACGAUAGCUUGAACAUCUUCUGCAACCUCCAGAAGCAGCAGUUUAAGAACGUGCAGCACUUGUUUGAUGUCUGCAUCAUCGCCACGGACCUGGCCCUCUACUUCAAAAAGAGAACCAUGUUCCAAAACAUUGUCAAUGCCACGGAGCCAAUGCCUGAGGAAAAAGAGGCCAUCGCCUUCAUUUCCAACAACUCCACCAGGAAGGAAAUUGUGAUGGCCAUGAUGAUGACAGGUUGUGACUUGUCAGCUAUCACCAAACCCUGGGAGGUGCAGAGCAAGGUGGCUCUGAUGGUAGCUGCUGAAUUUUGGGAACAAGGAGAUUUGGAAAGAUCUGUUUUGGACCAACAACCAAUUCCCAUGAUGGACAGAAACUGUUCCGAACAGCUACCCAAGAUGCAGUGUGGUUUCAUCGACUUUGUAUGCUCAUUUGUGUACAAGGAGUUCUCCAGGUUCCACAAAGAGAUCACGCCCAUGUUUGACGGUCUGAAGAACAACAGGGCACACUGGAACGAGAAGGCGGAGAUAUACAAUGCAAAAAUGAAGGUCAUUGAGGAUGCGAAGAAGAAACUGGAAGAAGAUGAAGCCAAGAAAGCUGGUGGAGGAGAUGGAAAGUCAAAGACCUGCACCAUCUGCUAA